AUGAGCUCUCAAGUCAAGGAGGAGGAACACUCUUCACAUACUAUGAGCCAAUACAGUGUGCCACCCCAACACAAAUCUCUGCAAGUCACUGGGACGGACCCAACGGACCCAUCCGUCACUGGCAGUGUCGAAUCGAAUAUCCAACUCCGUUACAGAGAGCUCGAGGAGUCGAGUGACUUUAAGGGAGAAGCUGCCGAGUUGAUGAAGGAGGAAUGGAACCUGACUGACGAGGCAGCGAGUAGAGCUGCCGAAUCGCUCAACAAGGAGGUUGAUCUUUACCUGAAAUCUUUCAAGAGGCAAAUUUCCGAACGCCAUUCGAAGAGAUUUCCUGAGUCUGGUGAAUUAGCGCUCACCAUGAUUUACAGGGGGAUCAAAUCGGUCAAACUUUAUAGAUACGAAACCUCUGAGAAGACUUUGGCCUUGCUGUAUCGGUUCCAGGCCGGGUCCUCCGGCAUCGCGAACCUCCCGUUUCGAGUAACGAGGUCUGAGAAUGAUCAAUGGGAGGUUACUUUUGACCAGAUGGCAGCGCAGGAGUUGAAGGGAGGAUAUCAAGAACAUUCUCGGGAUGAAGCGAUCCCAUCGUGCUUCAAGUGCUGGUGA